CUUUCAAUGUUGUUGCUAAUUUCUUUUCCAGGAUUCGAGUUCAUGGGAUCUGGAACAACUAAAAUUAAAAGAACCACAACCAAACUCAUAUUUGUGAAAGUAGAUUCACACUUUAAACGCGGGAUUCCAUUCGUAGUGAAAGUCCGCCUAGUGGAUAUCAAAGGAGCUCCCAUGCCGAAUGAGCAAAUCUUCAUCAAAGCACAUGAACUUGACUACACCAAUGUCACUACCUCUGAUCAGCAUGGCCUGGCAGAGUUCUCCAUCAACACCACCAACAUCAAGGGGUCUUUCCUCGCCAUCAAAGUAUACCACAAGGAGGAAAAUUCAUGCAUCCAUCAUCCUUGUACAGCAGAAGAGCAUGCAGAGAUACAUCAUAUGGCUCACAGUGUGUACUCCUUCAGCAGGAGCUACGUCCACCUGGAGACAGAGGCUGGUGUCUUGCUCUGCAAUCAGAAUCACAUGGUUCAGGCACAUUUUAUUCUGCAGGGGCCGCUCUUAAGAGUGAUGGGAGAGCUUAUCUUCUAUUACCUGGUCAUGGCCAAGGGUAGCAUUAUCCAGACUGGAAGCCAUACUCACCACAUGGAGCCAGGAGAAUUUCCAGUGAAAGGCGACUUUGCCCUGGAGAUCCCUGUGGACUUGAGCAUGGCUCCUGAGACUAAAGUACUGGUCUACACCAUCUUGCCUGAUGGAGAAAUGAUUGCAGAUUCUGCAAAAUUUGAAGUUGAAAAGUGUCUUCUCAACAAAGUGGACCUGACCUUCACCCCAGCCCAAAGUCUUCCCGCCUCACAGGCCCAUCUGCGUGUUACAGCUUCUCCUCAGUCCCUCUGUGGCCUAAGAGCUGUGGACCAAAGCAUGCUGCUCCUGAGGCCUGAAGCUGAGGUUUCCCCUUCCUGGGUGAGUCCCCAUCAUCCUGUCCAAGAAAGGCCUGUGGUGAGGCUCUGAGAUGAUGGUUCUGAUAAAAGAGUGGUCAUUCAGACACUAGGGCUCUCUACCGUAAAAAUAUCACAUUUAAUGCUAAAGGCAUCACUAAGGGAGCUCUUCAUCAUAAACUCCCAAGGAAAAGCUCUGAAAACUCAGCCAAUAAACUCAAGACAAAGCCUGAAGUCCAGCACUCAGUGAGUUGUAAAGCUUGUGUGUGACCCAGGCAUUCUGGGUUCUUACUGUGCCUCUCCUACCCCAGGAGUGGCUUGUCCCCUAACACGCUCAUGAUGGAGCUUUUCAGAGAGAUGCUGUCUGGGGGAGCCAAAUGAAACGAUUUACACAAAUGGAAUCUUAUACAUCUCAAGAGUUCCUCAAAUAAGGAAAAGACAGAAUGCUAUAAAAUUUAAAAGCAGAGUACAAGGAGGUACUCAAUUUAUUUUGAAAAUUCUCAGAAGCGUAACUCAAGCCAUAAACUAUUUACUGGAGUCUCAGCCAAGUUAAGGAGAUCAAAACUCUUCUUCCUAUCAUAUUAAGAAUGAUGUUUAUUAGGAAAAAUUACAUCAUCACUGUAAUAGUUUUAAACAUUAUUAUUGCCACUGGCUAAUACCAUAUUUUAAAAUGUAUGUAAGGUGCUUACGCAAUUUAAAAACAGUAAGUGUUACUUCAGAUAAUGCUAGGAACUACCCAGUUUUCAACUAAUGUGUAAGUUAAACCAGCAUUUAAGUUUGUGUUAGUGAUGAAGGUUUUGAUGCACAUGCAAAAAAUGCUUAGGAAAGUAUAUGAUCAAUACGGUUUUCUUUCAGAUUUCGACUUUUUCCAAAUCCAUUAAAUAAGAGAUUUCUUGAGCCAUUGUUUGAGCCAAGAAAUACAGGCAAUUAGUUAACAAACAAAAAAAAAACCAAACUCAUGUACUGCCCAGAGAGUUAUAAGAAAAAACAUGAACAGAGUUCCCUUUCUCCCACCACCCUGCCCUAUCCAUGCUUUGGCUGCUUGUACAGUCAAUGAUCACAGCUAUUCCUUUACUGUUUUAUUCCACAUUCUCUAUCAGUCGUGGAGAGUAUUGGCCUUUAUUCAUUAUUGUCAUCAUCUAUUCAUUCUUACUAAAAAGCAGCAUAUUAAAGCUGAUUAUGCAGACCCUUCUGAUCUUCACCUUGCCUACAAAUCUAUAUGAUUACUGUGUGAAAUCCUUAGACAGUUUUCAUUUCUAUAACCAACACAUGUGGCUCCUUAUGAAGUCAGACAGUGAGCUGUGCUCAUAUUUACUCUCAUUUGUGUUCCUCUGUCCUGACAUUUAAUUGUUGCUUCUUAUAUUUACUUCAAGGCCAUCCUCCUCCUCACCUGAUUUCAGCUCUCCAGCAUCUGUGGCAGUGCUCAGUUUGCUGCUGUCGCCAGCAGAGCCCUCUGUCACCCUGCUAUCACCUGGCUGACUUCUGAAACACAGGUGUUCACCCCUAUUUUGGGGAAUCCCUUCAAAAUCCCCACAUUUGGUUCACUGUUUUCUGACUUCUGUGACUUCUUCUCAGGUUGCUGCCUCCCUUGGGGCACUAAGCAUGUGCUGGUGCUGUUCUGAGGAAGAGGGAAUCAGUGACAAACUUCUUUUGCACCUAUCAGUAGCUAUACUUACGGUGAUAAUUAGUACUUGGAAAUGGGCAAAUUGUUAGCUAAGAAAUCAUGUUCCCUCAGAACUCUGGAGACAUUGGGUAGAUGGAUUCAUCUUCCUAAGUUAGUGCUAAGAUGCUCAAUACCAUUAAUUCUGCAUUAUUCUAUUUGUUCAGUAUUUUCUCUCUGGAAUUUUUUUAAGAUCUUUUAUUUAUAUCAGAUAUUCAGAAUAUUCACAAGCAUCUGAGGCCGUGGGUUCUUACUGUGUCCUGGUGAGCCUGUGUAUCAUUUCUGACAUACUGUUUUUAAAUGCAUGAGAUAAAAUAUGUAAGAAUACCAGAAAGAAGAAUUGAAAAAAAACUAUGCCCUGUAUGAAAUAACAGUCCAAAUAAGCUACAA